AGCCGAUGUUGAUGCAGAUAUUAAGUCAUUUAGCUAUCAUCAUUUAACAUUGGGACUGCUCUUAGUAUUGGAGGUUGGGUUCGUUACAACUCCAGCAAAAAUGUUGGUCCUAAGCCAAGCUUCUGGCGGAGUUCUCUCAGCCAGAAGUUGCUCUCUGAGGUCUUCUCCGGCAUUGACGAGUCCAAAUUCUCCACUUUGUUCUAAUCGCAAAUCUAAGUUCGUCUCGACCAGAUAUCCCUACAAACGAUUUCCUCUUUCUCUUGCAAAAGCAGAACAAGGUGUGGAUUCGACCUCCUGCACCGCCAAGCAGUCUUUCUCUUCCUCUCCCGCCUCGAACUCUCCCGCUUUCGAUAAUGACCAAAGGGUUUUCGUGGGUGAUGAUAAUGUUCCCUUGGAAGGUGUUAUCCAGUUCGAUAAACCCGACUCCUAUUCUCGUUUCAAAAAAUGGGGGCGUGUGGCUCUGUUUGCUGGCGGGGAUGUUUUGGCAUUGCUUGCAUUCGCUGCAAUUGGACGAUUUAGUCGUGGGUUCUCGGUGUUUGAUGCUGAAACUCUUCGCACGGCCGACCCUUUUAUUGCCGGGUGGUUUUUGAGUGCUUAUUUCCUUGGAGGUUAUGGGGAAGAUGGACGAGGAAUGAAUGGUCUGUCCAAAGGUGUUACUGCUACAGUAAAAUCAUGGGCUCUGGGAAUUCCACUGGGGAUUGCUAUAAGAGCAGUGACAACCGCUCAUUUUCCAGCAUAUCCGUUUAUAUUGGUUACCAUGGGAAGCACUGCUGUAUUACUUACUGGAUGGAGAGCAAUAGUGUACAGCCUUCUUCCCAAUGAUAAAAUGAAGAAGAGUGACAAUUACCGCCGUGGUAGCCUGUUUGAAUUGUUUGAGUUGCUCACAUCAUUAGUUCGAAGGUGGUGAUAUCAACCAUUAGCAUUCUGUGUUUGUAGAGUACUCCUAUUUUGAAUCUAGGCACCAAGUUUCUUUGUCACCAUACUUUUCAGCUGUUACGUAGCUGAGUGGUUAGAAAAUGUGUCCAAUGUUUUGCUACCAAUUUUGUUGUCUGAUCUGUAAUCUCCCACAGCAAAGAUUGUGAGAACAAAAGUUGGCAAUCUUCUUAUAUCAAAUUCCUCAGCAGAGGCUUUGCUAAGAAAA